CUCCUCCAGCCUAAAAAGUUGCUAAAUUCAUUCGUUUCGAAGGAUAAAGUGCAUAAAAAGAAAACAGAAGGCAUGUGAAGUUGCUGUCACUUUCACCAGAGAUGGAAAAUUCAGCGGAAGACGAGUGCGCUGAUUCGGGAGCGGAGACAGGAGGGUCUGACUACAGUCUUAUGUCAUCAGCAAGCAGUGAUUUGUCCAUGGGGGACCUACAAGACCCCUUUCUAGUUUCUAUGCAUAUCAUCACUGACCCAGGUCAGGCCAGAGCCCUCCAGCAAGCUGCUGAUCAGGUACUCUCUUGGCUCCACCCUGAUCUCACUCUCUUCAGGGUGUCUGAGCGCUCAUCUGGCCUAUCCCGAAGAUCCAAAGUCCGCCUGCAACCCUCCACCAAACCCCCACCACGACAGCCAGCCCUGGCUGUCAUCCUCUUUCUGCAAGAUGAGUAUGGAGGCGAGGAGAGUCUCAAACGUCUCCACGGUCAGCUGAGAUGCCCUCCAUGGCGAUACCACCACACAGAGCAGGUGAAUGGACGAGGGAUGUUACCCCUUUCUCCAGCCAGCCAGGACUUUGUUACAUUGGCACCAGGCACGCCACUCUGGGCGCUUCGCCAGGUGCACUAUGGCAAAGAGAUUGUGCGCUUUACGGUUUACUGUCGCUAUGAGAGCUAUACCGAACAGGUGCGUCUGUACAGGCUGCUCCUGCACCGAAGACUGGCCCAGAAGAAAGAUAAUUUUUGCUUCUGUGUGGUCUACUCCAGCCCUGACACAGAAAUUCAGCUGUCAUUGAAGCGAAUGCCCUGUGGCCAGAGCCCCAUCCCUACUGAAAAUGCUGUGAUGGAGAUUAGAGUGAGGGACUUUGUUGAACUUGUGCCACUGCUGCCACACCCCUGCACACCCAUCAGUGAAGUCCGCUGGCAAACAAGCGAUUAUGAUGGGAACAAAAUAUUGCUACAGGUUCAAGGUUCACGGUAUUACCGCAUACACACCAUUGCAAAGUUCCCUUAUCUUUCUCCUGAUGAUCCUCUGAUCACCUCCCCUCCUCCACCUGAGGCUCCUCCUCCUCCCCCACCCUACGGCCGCGGACCCGCCUGCUACCGGAACCGACGGUACCACCGCAACUCAUCGCGUUCGCGGACCCAGAUCUCCAAGACAUCUCUGCCUCUGCUGUGUGAUCAGGAAAGCCACACAAGGGAUGUGAAACUUUUACAGGCUGGAUGGACAGGCCACCGCGCACAGUCACUCUAUUCUCUGCCUACAGACGACUCCUCAACAUGUGCCUCCCCUUCAAGCUUUCGUCCUCGCUGCUUCUCCUCCAUGGCUGCUCCAAUUUUCCGUGUCAAUGUUGAUGCACUGGUGGGUGCUGAAGAGACAGAUGUGGACACUGGACAAACCAUCAGUGGCAGCUCAGUGGACCUUUCAGUGGUUUCAGGCUACUGUCUUCCACAGAUGAGGCCCCAUCAAAAGGCCCCACCUCCACGGCCCAAGUCUGCUCCUCCAUGCAAUGGAGGCUCUGACUUUGCUGAACCGACCAAUAAUAAUGCCUCCUUCCCCACGAGACAGACUGCUUUACCACCUAGAACACAGUAUUUCUCUGAAAAGUCCAAACCUUGCAUUGUAUACAAUUCCCAGCCAAAGAAUAUUUAUGUGUCACAGCCAGAUGUGUUGCAGGACAAGGGACAGCAGAGUGGCAAUGGCAUUGCAACAAUAAAUGACUAUAGCAAAGAGGGCACAGAGGAAGACGAACAAGAGUUUUAUAUCUGACACAUAGUGUAGUGGUUGCAGGACAAUCAUCUCAUUAAUAUGACACACAGUUAGCAGAUCUGCAUUUCUGCAGGUGUUGCAAGAAGAGGGACAUUUUAAUGCCUUCUUGUCUGAAAUUGUUAGCUGAUAAUUUAGUUGAGUGAAACCUUAAAGCUUUGUUGUUCUAUAAUUAUUCUUUUUUUUUCAUAAUGAAUGAUUUUAAGAUCAAUUAAAUUGAUUUUUCAUGUGUAUGUUCUGUUAUAGUGUGGUUGGUAUUCUGUAGUUUUUAUGAACAGGAGAGCAUUCAUGUCAGUGAACUGUGUUUAACUGACCACAUAGAAGGACUAAAAAUCUGCCACCCAGUGGCUGAACUUGGCACAUGCUAAACAUCUAACAUACUGUAGGGAAAUUAAUGUCACAAGUUUUAAAGAGAAACUAUUUACUUCUCUAUAAUUUCUAAAUUAUGUUUCAACCUGUUUGUAUUAUUGAAGAAAAUUACUUAUUAACUCUUUAUUUUUAAUGUGUCCUUGUUACACAUUACAUGUAUUUGCUAUACACUAAUAACAGUUUAUGCAUAAUUACAAGCAACUAACCCUAAACCAAACCCUAAACCAAUAGUACAUGUUGUUAAUUAGUAACCAUCGGUAAUUACUUUUGUAAUUACACUGCAUC